GAUGGCAUCUCUCACGUGUAGGACAAAUAUUAUUCGAAUCUUUCAACUAAACUUGCUUAAUAGAACACCUAAUCUGGUUUGCACACGAUCAUUUAAACGUUGGAAGCGACCAUAUUUGCAAGAGCUGUACAAAAGGCGAAAUGAAGUUGGUCCAGAAAAACCCCGGCAUCGAUCAGCCUUCUAUAAUUGGAAUUAUGAUAGCGAAUUAUAUGCUUUUACCAAAAGACUUAAUGAAGAUGUUAGUCUAGAUAGUCUCAAAAAAGCUUUUACUCAUUCGUGCUAUAUCGAGGCUGAAAAACGAAAAAGGGAAAGUUUAGAAAUGGAUACGGAUGACAUUGACGACACACAUAACGAAGAGUAUUGUAAAAAAGGUCUUUCAUUCUUAGAAGAAUGUACGAAAAAAAAACUAUCAGAAUUUCUUCCUCAAGUUCCAAAUUAUGGAAUAAAUUCGAUCUCAUCGAAUCUUUGUUCUAUAGAAACCGUUUCUAGAGUUGCCAAGAAUCUUGGAUUUAGGGACCUUCAGCUCUGCGAAGAAGAGACUGACGAAAUUCUCCACGAUUCUUUUGUAGCUUUUCUUGGUCUACUCCUAACAGAAGGUAGUCAACAGCGUUGUGAAAAAUUUAUCACAGAUUUUAUAUUAUCGCUAUUAAUAAGUGAUGAUGUAUUACAAAUGCUGGAAAUUCGAAAUCCUCACGAAAUUCUGUCUAAAAAUUUCCAAGGUGAAAUAACUACUAGAAUAUUAUUUGAAAAUGGAAGAAAUACAGUAGAAUCGGCCUUUCUAAUUGGAGUUUACGCAGACAGGAAAUUAAUAGGUUACUCCGGUGGAGAAACUGAACAAAUUGCUGAAGAAAUGGCAAUGAAAGAUGCCGUUUAUAGACAGAUUGGUUUAAAAAGUAAUCAAUUUAAUAUAAAUACUUUAUUAAAAUCUAGUGCCUAA